AUGAAGUUGUAUUUAAUGUAUAUCAUACCGUUUCUUGCGCAAUGGGUACUGUUGGGCCAUUGUGCGCGAAUUCUUAUGCUGUCUCCGAUGGGGACGAGGAGUCAUAUGUAUUCAUUUAUGCCAAUUAUGGAAGUUUUAGCCAAAAGAGGUCAUCACAUAACUGUAGUGACGCCCCACGAGCCGAAGACGGAAACGCCUAAUAUCCAAAAAAUCGUUCUAAGUGAAAUAGUGGAACAUCUAGAAGGAGGAUGGCAAACAUUCGAGCGUGAAAAUACUCUUUCUGCAUUGUUAAAUUUUCAAGAAGAAACGAGAAUUCUUCAAACGAUUGGUUAUCAAAUCCUGAUGAAAAACAAGGAGAUCCAAGAAAUCCUCAAAACUAAGGACGUUGAUCUCGUGAUAGUUGAUGCAAUCAUGAAUGAGUUUACCUUUCCGCUGAUUGAGCAUCUCGGUGUGGCUUUUAUCUUCCACAGUGCAGCUACAGGCCCACCAUGGAGUUUGGCGGCUUUUAACGUUCCACGCGAGUACGCAAGUGUUCCAACAUUGGCUUCCGGAUUCAAGAGUGACAUGUCUCUAGUAGAAAGGAUGUUGAAUAUGAUCAUUGAUGAAUUGUUUCUAAGCCUUCGCCAACAAAUUACCCUUCCAAUGUUGGAUGACCUCGUCCGGUCAGACUUUCCCAACGCUAUGCCUAUCGCGGAAAUUGAAAGAAAGGCACAACUCUGUUUGGCCAGUUAUCACCUGGCUACCGCAUGGCCUCGUCCGCUUCCACCGACGUUCAUUCCGAUCGGGGCGCUCCACGUUCGACCUGCAAAAGCACUGCCAAAGGGUUUACAGAACUUUGCCGACGGAGCUGAACAUGGCUUCAUAGUAUUUACCUUAGGUUCCAAUGCACUGGUAUCUUCCAUGCCAGAACAUGUAAAGAAAGUCUUUACUCAAGUUUUUGCGCGUCUUCCUCAACGCGUUUUCUGGAAAUGGGAAACAGGCAUUUCGGAUGCAAAGGAAAUUUCCGAUAACGUCAAAAUGGUUGACUGGUUACCGCAACAAGAUCUUCUUGGUCAUCCGAAUGCUCGGCUUUUCAUUUCACAUGGCGGGUUACUUGGAACUCAAGAAGCGAUAUAUCAUGGCGUACCAAUUCUCGGUUUGCCCUUAGGAAGAGAUCAAUGGAGUAAUCUAGCAAGGGCGGAAGAAGAAGGCUUUGGUAUCAAACUGGAAUGGAAAGAUUUAACCGAUUCAUUGCUGUACGACACUAUUCAAACAAUCCUCAACGAACCCGGUUACCAGGGUAAUGCCAGUCGUUUGUCCGAGCUAAUGCAAGAUGAGCUAGUUCCCCCUGGAGAAGUUGCAGCUUACUGGGUGGAACAUAUCCUUAAACAUGGAAAUAAACACCUUCAGUCGAAUGCCAAAGAUAUGCCUUUCUAUAAGCUCUACCUCCUGGAUGUUUGGUUACUUCUAACGGCCAUUCUCAUCUUUCCGCUAUGGAUCAUCUACAAAAUUAUAGUUUGCAUUUUCGGAAUGUUCAGACGAACGAAAAUAAAAAUCCAGUAGAUGAU